AUGUUCGGAGCUAAUGGAUCAGGCGGAUCAUUGCCGUUAUCUGCUCAGUCAUCAUCGCCCUUAAUGUCAACUCCUACUCGAUCAUUGAAUCAGAUGCAACAACCCAAUCAAUCUCCAUCAAUCAAUCAACAAUUCACCAACAUGCUAUCCUCAAAUCCGAUGUUAUCCUCUGAAGCAAAAGACGCCGUAUCUCAGAAUAUUAAUGCAAAUGUCAAUAUGGCUAGUGGUGAUAUGAAACGUUACCAGCAGCCAGCUGUGUCCAAUGCCGCACCUCCAUCUUAUUACCAAAACAACCAUCUCAGUCAGCAGCAGCAGCAACAGCAGCAGCAGCAGUAUUAUCAUCAUCAUAUGACUGCUAUCGCUCCACCAUCACUGAUAACCCAUUUGGAGAUUGAUCGCGAUUCAGGCAAUGAGACCAGCUCUCUAUCGCCGUGCUCAUCUUCGCCGUCAUCAAGCGCUGCACAGUCCAGAUCGAAUUCGUUUUCGGUAUCGAAUUUGUUGCGAAAUAAUAUUACCAAUCACAACAAUACUGCUGAAAAGGAGAAGGAGAAUACCGUGAAAGAGUAUCGCCAAAAUGCUGAUUAUUCGGCAAUGAUCAAAUGUGAGAGUACACCAAAACAAGAACCUCAUCAAAUGCAUAUGCACGUACCAACAGCAAUGACCGUAUCCCAUAUGGCUCAGUUAAAUGGUUCGUUCGUUUAA